AUGCAGACACCUUUAUCUCCAGUCAGCUUAGAAGGUCUCCUGGCCUGCGCAGAGGCCCCAGAGUCAGUUGCCCCCCCUCAACUGCGUGAAAUCCCUCCUGGCCACCUGCAGGAUGCUGCGAAACUCACACCGGAGAGAGGGGCCUCUGAUGGAGCGAAAUCCUGCAUGUCAAGCUCGUCGGCAACACCCACCCGAGGAUCGAUUGAUACACAGUAUCCCCCUGAGGGCCUACCCAAGGCUCUAACUGAGCAUCAACUGGAGUCCUCCCCUUCCCUACGUGCUGAGCGCAGCGGCAACAGUCAUAGCAGUAGGGACGCAGACACUGACUCUGAUAACACCUUAGCCUCUUCUCUCAACGAGCCCUCUAGAGGCCAAGAGGCCUUUCUCGCACGCGACGAGUUUGCACAAGCAGCAAAGUCUGUCCCCUUCCCUAAGCUUGCAGAAGAGGCAUCUUUUCAAAAGGCCAACAACGAGUGCCGCAUGGCAUUAGGCGACCUUCAAAGACCGGCUUCGAGCGCAAAGCCUUUGUCUAUCCAGGGAGGCUGUACGCCCUUAGACGGCUCCCCCUUCACAACUGCACCGCAUGCGGACCAGACCCUUUUCCUGCCUGCAGUGCCACAAGAGCCGCAUGUACAUGAGGCAGGCCUGUUGUCUCCUAGGAAUUCUUCGGCAUUUUGCUCCCUCUCCUCAUCCUUGGAUGGGGACUCGUUCUUCGAAGAUUUUGUAGAAGGUAACCAGGAGGGAUCUCAGGCCGCCGUGGCAUCGGAGGUGGAGCCCCUCGUGAAGGUAACAGGAUACAAAGAAACUUCCAGCCUACUGCACUCAGAGGCGCAGCUCCACGAUACUUUUACACUGUUUCUAGAACAGCGUGAGCAACAGCAGGGGCAGCAACAUCGGCACGUCGGCGCAGACUCCAAUCAAGACGCUGGUGUGGGGGAUCCAGAAGGGAAUGCCGUCUCUAUUCGUGCCGGCAGUGUGGCAUUAGCAGCAAAGCCAUCAGACGCCUUUGCUGAAGCUGGCAAAUUGGUGCGCAAAGCAGAAAGAAAAACUUGGGCUUCAACUCAGAAUGCAGAGCUCGAGGGCAUGCAUACCCAUGCAACAGCCGAGAGGAUCACUGGACAAGCCUCUGCAGCAGCAAAAGCAGUGCGGCCACCACCAACGCAAGCUCUACCAAGAAGCGUAAUAUCAGCAGGAACAGAAAAGACGCACGCCGGGCACCUUGAACCAUCUAGUGGUGCAGUGUCACAAGGUUCAAACGCAGCGGCGAUGCCUGCAGGUGGAACGUCAGCAGCACAGGCAUUGGACACCGACGCAGCACAAAACGUAUGUGCAGCACCACCUGCACUGAAAUUACCAGAAGUUUUUCUGGCAGAUGCACCAGAUACAACGGAGAGGGCAGGUGCAAAAGGUUAUACGACACACAUCGGAACAUCAUCGAUCCGCUCAGCAGUACAUGCACUACCCUUUGAAGACAUAGCGAUAGGAGGGGACCCGACUGCUGCUGAAGCAGCAAGAGCUAAUUCAGCUGAAUCAGCCGUUGUCGAAGCAAAAGCCGCGGCAGCAGCAGCAGGGUGCGCACAACAAGCUAAGGAAAGGGUAGUUGACACAGUGGCAGCGUCAAGCGCAAUGCUAAGAGCAACAACGGACGCCACCCCGGCUGCAGGAGCAGCAGUUGCUACUGCCGCAGAGUCAGAGUCUAUGAAGAAGGCAGUUGUAGCGAACGCAGUAACCGUCCCGCGUCUAGCUCCUCGAGCAGUAGCAGAAGCCGCGGCAGCGAACAACGCAGCAGCAGAGGAUACGGCGUCAGAAGCAGCCACACCGGCUACAGUGCCUGAAAAAACAAAGAGGGAGGCAGAAUCAAAAGGCGCACAUACCAGCAGCGUCGCAGGUGUACCAGAAAGACCCGCAGCAACGGCAGCAGCAAUAGGAGAAAGAGUAGCCACAGAUUCGACAGCAGGCGCAUCGGCGUCAAUGAAGGCAUAUGUAUCAGCAAAGAAAGCAGUAGAAGCAAGUCAGCUCCUUGCUUCAGCGGCAGCAGCAGCAAUUGCAGGCCGGCGUCAGGCAUCUGAGGCCACAGCAGAUGCUACCGCAUUUGCUGAUGCAGCUGCCAGCAAGGCACUCGAGGCAGUAGCAAGUGCUCAAAAGUGCACUGACGCAGAGUUUCGCUCCGCAGCAGAACAGCGACUCCAGGCUCUGGUCACUGCUGCACGCGCCUCGGAGCAAGCUGCUGCUUGCAGCAGAAGCGCGGCUGAAGCAGCAUCAGCACAUGCUGCUGAUGCUGCUGCCGAUGCUGAAAAACAAGACCAAGAAGCAGACGCUUAUAAAGGGGCUGCCAAAAGUGCUGCGUUAGCAGCACAAGAAGCAGCGAAUAUUGCGUAUGGCAUAGUAGCAGAGAUCGAACAGCAAGCUGCUACUGCUUUUGCUACGCUUCAACGAGCUCAAACAGAAGCUGAGGUUGCCUACGGAGAACUGAAAGCAGCAUCGAAACAAGAAGAGACUAAGAUAAAGGAAUUAUCGUCGGCAGCCGCAGUAAUAGCUGCUGAAUUGCAGGCACAGAGGGAGACUGCCACAGUGCAUGUUGCCGAGAGCAGGCUGCACGUGGAGGCAGCUGCUGCAGCUGCAGCUACUGUGCGCGUUGUGCAAGAAGCGGCAGAAGCUGCUUCAGGAUGUGUCUCAGCAGCCGAGAAACACCAUAGAGCGUGUGAAGAAGCAGCUCGGCGUGCAUUGCAGGCAGCAGCAGCAGCUAAUGCUGCUGCCGCGGAGCUUCAUAUGCACAAAGAAGAAGCCGCUACAAAUGCUGCGAGGACCCGAAACCACUGGGAGGUUGCAGCAAUGCACUGCGCUGGUGUGGAGCAACACCUGCUAGAUGCUGCUACAGAUGCAAAGCAGGUGCAAGAGCAUGCAAUUGCUGUCACAACAGCUGCCACCACUGCCGCAGACCAGUUGCAGCACGUAAAAGAUUCAGGGAACCUGGCCAGAGCUGCUGCUGCCGCAGCGCAGGAAGCUUCUGACGUUGCGGCUGGCAUUGUGGCAGGCUUACAGCAGAAGCAAGCUGCUGCUACUGCUAUCAUAGAAGGACCACACGACGCUCAAAAACAGAAAGGCCGCGGUGCUGGAGGCCAUUCAAAAAGCCCGCAACACAAGGAAGCAGCUACGGCAGCUGCUGCGAAAGUCACAUCGGCUGCAGCUUUUGCUGCCACAAUUGCAGCAGAGCGGUCCCCGAAGCAGCUUUCGCAAGCAUCCGGUGAGCCACAGUCUGCUGCCUUGGCUACGCAUCAAGCUUCAACAGCCUCAGAUGGAGCGCGUUCCGAGCACGAAGAAUGGGUUCCCAAGUGUGGAGUUAGCAAACCGACAGAAAACGCAUCAGGUACUCAUCUGCAGGAUGAGGCAGCUAAGUGCGCAGCGACAGUAGCACAGCAGCACAUGCAAGCGGCAGAGGGAAGUGCCGCUGCAGCGGAAGCAUCGGCGUUGCGUUGCGUUGAGAUUGAAACUCAGUUGCGCUGUCUCGCUGAUAAAGCUGCAGCAGGAGCAGCAUCAGACCGGUUGAUGCUAAAGGAAGCCUUCCAGGCUGUGGUAACCGCGGCAGCUCGCUCCCAGAAGCACGUAGAGGCCCUCUGCGCUGCAACAGAAGAAGCGACAACGGAGGUGCUUCAACACCGGAAGAGCCUGAGUGUGGCAAGAAACCAAGCGCUUGCAGCGGCAGCAGAAGCAAAAGAGGCAGCUGCAGCUGCCACGGCUGCUGUGGGGGCCACCCAAGCAGCUGAACUGAUGGCGACGAGAGGGGCAGCAGCAGCGGCAUCUGCGGCUGAUGCAUCGUUGCAGGCCGCUGAGCAAAUCAGGUUGGCUGUGGAGUCAGUCCAGGAGGCAGGCGAGUUUGCAGACCCUGCAAAAGCCGCAGCAGAAGCAGCGGUGACAGCAGCAGAGAGCGCCUCAGCCGCCAAGGCAGCGGCUGCCAUUGCUGCCGCGCAAGCCGCAAGCAGUCAAGAAGCUAGCAAGACUGCGACUCGCGGGGCAGUAGCGUCUUUAAAGGCAGCAGACACCGCAGUGAGAGCCGAGCGCGUAGCCGCCGAGCAGCUUGGCAUGGUUGUUGUUGCCACGUCACAUAUCUCGCAGAAGGUCUCCCUCAUCCUCUCCCAUAGAGAGGGCGCCUCGACUGCGACGGCCAACCCAAAUGCAGCAGGAGUCAGCACUGGCAAGCUCACUAUUGGGGCCUCCGGCAAGAAACCGCAUCUGAUACCUCCAGAUGGAGCCGGUGUUGUGGUGGAGAUUAGGAGUGCGUCGAAGGGAGUUGAAGGCAGGCAGCAAAAGCUGAAUCAUUCCGCUAAGCGUCCUGGCGCUCCUGGUACGUCGAAUGAAGUGGUCGCAGCGAAAAGCAGCGGCAGCAGGCCCUCAUGCUGGACGCGCCUUCCUGCUCUACCUGCCGAACCUUCUGGCAGCACCUGUACAGCGGGAGACUCUGCAAUAGAUAUCUCUCAGCGGUCCCAUACCAGCGUUAUCAAAAAUACGGAGAGCAGAAGCAACAACAACAGCAGUACUAGGAGCAGCGAAAAUAACAAGCAGGCAACUCGAGGUGUGGUCAUUGCGAGGGUUCGGCAGCCUCAGACGACACAUACGAAGGGUAUAAUGGCUCCUGUAAUGGAGCCUAGUCGUUCUACCGUUAGCCCUGCUGUUACUGCUGCUUCGGCGCUUCGGGUCGAAUCUAGCAGCGUCUUAAGCUUAGAAAGCUCAAGCAGCUGCAAAAUCUGCCCCUACAUCACAGGAGGCCACCUUGCGGACCCUAGAAUGUCAUCAAAGCAUAGUGCAGACCUAGGAUCUUUUAGUGUCUGGCAGCAAGUUGUUUUUCUCGGUGCCGCUGCAGUUGCAGAGGCAGCAGGCGGCACUUGUUGA